AUGUCCAAAAAAAAUAAUAAGAAUGACACAGUAAAUUCAAAAGUUGUUAAAAAAUCACAACCACCACAACAACAACAACAACAACAACAAAAAAAACAACAACAACCAGCAAAACAACAACCAACUAAACAACAACAACCAACAAAACAACAACCAACUAAACAACAACAACAACAACCAGCAAAACAACAACCAACUAAACAACAAGCACAACAAACAACUAAAUUAACAACAAAAGAAAAAACAAUUAAAAAAGUAGAAGAAAAAGAAGAAAAUGUUGAAACAACAAAUAACCCAAUGGGUAUUGAAAAAGAAUUAUUUGAAGAGAUCUCAACACUUCAAGUUGAGAUUGAGAAUAUUGGUAACAAAGAAAUGAAACAAAAAUUAAAAUUAGAUCUUGAAAGAGAUACUCAAUUAUCUCCAUUAUAUGCAGAGAGAGAAGCAAUCUUAAAGAAUAUUCCCGAAUUUUGGAGUACUUGUAUUUUUAAACAUCCAAUCCUUUCAGCAUUAAUUACUGAUUCAAAAGAUAUAUCAUUUUUGAAACAUUUAAAUGGAUUCAAUGUUGAAAUGAAAGAAAAUGGAAAUGUUAAAUUCACUUUUACAUUCACAAAUAAUUCAUUUAUUAAAAAUAAACAAAUUUGGAAGGAAUAUGUUUUUGAUACAGAUGGAGUUUCAACAAGUUGUUCACCAAUUCAAUGGAAGAAUGGAAAUGAUAUUACAAAAAAGAAAGAAGGUGAAGAUCCAUCUUUCUUUAGUUGGUUUUCAGAUCAAGAUGACCUUGAAAUAUUUGAUAUUUUCAAACAUGAAAUUUGGAUGUUCCCAAUGGAUUUUUAUUCUAAAAAAGUUGAAGAUGACGAAUAA